CCUCUUUAUUUAUAAGAGUCAGACACCCCCCGACGCCCAGAAGCAAAUAUCCAUACAUUCACCCAUCCCCCAACUGAGAUUGGAAACCUGUUCAAGUGUGAGAGAAAUUUGAUCGAUUCAAUGUCUAAGAAGGGGUGUGAGCUCUGCAGCAACCCUGCAAGAAUGUUCUGCGAGUCCGAUCAGGCUAGCCUUUGCUGGGACUGCGACGAGAAGGUCCAUGCCGCCAAUUUUCUUGUGGCUAAACACUCCCGGAACCUCCUCUGCCAUGUCUGCUACUUGCCCACGCCCUGGAAGGCUGCCGGGUUGAAGCUCGGCCCAACUGUCUCUAUCUGCCAGGCUUGUGCUGAGGAUGGGGAGAAUCGAGGGGCUUCCAGCACUAUGCGUGAGAAUGGAGAUGAAUUCGAUUCUCAGGAGAGUGAGAGUGAUGAUGGGGAGUAUUACAGUGACAGCGAUGAUUAUAGUGAUGAAGAUGAGGAGGAGGAGGAGGAGGAUGGAGAGAACCAAGUGGUGCCGUGGUCGGCUUCCAGUUCUAAUUCGCCGCCGCCCGCCACCACGGCUAGUUCUUCCAGCAGCGAGGAGGAGAAUGUUUCCUUUUCGUCCUCGAAGAGAACCCGCGACAACCCGUUUGAGUCUGAGGAUGAGGAUGGAUGCUGUUCAUCACAGAAUCUGGACACGGUACUGGGUUCAUCUGAAUUGAGUUUUCAAGAAUCACACGAGAACUAUAGUUCUUCACUGAGCUUGUUUAGACCAUCGAAAAUGAGGAGGAGGAGCAGUGAUAGUGCAUUGAUUCUGUCGGAGCAGGCAGCGCCGUCAUCAGGCACCGCCACCAUAGUGGAGAAACUGCGAAGAUUCCAGCAAGAAAUUGUAACAGAAGAGGGAGACGCAUCAGCAAUGAUAUUAGGCCUUUGCAAACUCACCAGAGACUGAUUCUUGAACCCCUCAACAUCAUCUCGUGGUUGUUGGAAUUGUUCCCCAUACUCAUAUUCCUAACCAGAAUUACCAAACUAUACUGUUAAUUUAUUAGUUGUUCUCUUCUGCUCCUAUCAGUCACCAACCAAUUAUUAUUUCCUUUUUCUUUUUCUAUUUGAAGUUUUCUGUCUGUAUGGUUAAGUUUUGGUGGAUUUGGAUGUUUCUUUAGUACUAUCAUGUAUUGAUUUCAUAUCAUCAUACGAAGUAGUCUUUAGCCUUUGAUUGCUA